AUGAAGCUACUUGGUGCACUGGUUGCUCUCACUGCAGCCAUUGCAGUCGCUGCUCCAGCCCACCAAGUCACUCUCCGUAAUGUCGCAGCAGGUGACGCUCCUCGUCAGGACGACCCCAAAUUCAUCAGUGCCGUGAUGCGAGCUCACUGGUACUGGCGGAGGCUGCACUGCGCUCAGGACCUGGUUUGGGACAAGGAGCUUGCAGACGCAGCCCGCGCCGACAUCGAGGAGUGCACCCACGACCCUGAGCAUAAACGCCCCGGCAGCAACCUCUCCUCUGUGAGCCCGCCGCCUGAUGACUAUGAGGCCUGGAUUGAGUUUGCGCGUACUGCUACGCACGGCUGGCACGAGGAGGAAACCAAGUACCCCUACGAUAAUCCGCACUUCGAUGCCGCCUGGGGCCACUUCACGCAGAUGGUGUGGCGCAACAGCACGCGUAUCGGUUGUGCGGUUGGCCGAUGCUACAGGACUGUCAACUGGCCGGGCCGCUUCUACUGCUACUACUCAUUCUUUGGCAACAACAUUGCAGCUGGCCAGUUUGAGGCUCAGGUCUGGGCACCGGUCUGCCAUGACCCGGCGGCUGGCGAAGUGGUUGCGCGCCAGGAUGUCAACUUUGACUGGGCUGGCGCCUAG